CACUUGUUUUUCCGGGGAUGCGCACCGAUCCUGCGCAGAACGCCGCCCUGCUUUUCUUCUUUUUCUGGUUUUUUUACAGUCGUGCAUUUUGACGUGCAGCGCUUUUUGUCCUCUCUGCAGCCUCAUUCAGGACCAAACCCCAGCUUCAACAUGCCAACCCGAGUUGCCGUGGUAACUGGAAGUAACAAGGGCAUCGGUCUGGCCACUGUCCGAGCGCUCUGCAAGCAGUUUGAAGGAGACGUUUACCUCACUGCCAGAAAUGUAUCCUUUUGAACGCCUGCUGCCCAGGAUGGGUGCGCACUGACAUGGCUGGACCAAAAGCUCCCAAGUCACCAGACGAGGGCGCUGUCACACCGGUCUACCUGGCUUUGCUGCCAUCUGGAGCCAAAGAGCCUCAUGGACAGUUUGUCUCUGAAAAGACUGUUCAGAAGUGGUGAUGAGCGUGUGAAACUCAAAGCGAUAACACAAUUUGGUGAAAUCGCAAAACUGUGAAACAUUUAAAGAAUGAAAGUCACCCAACAUAACAAACAACCAGUAACAUAAACUGACAUUGCUAAAGCUCUGGGAUGGGUUUCUUGUAGGACAGAGUUUAACUCUUAUCCAAAUAGUUUGGUAAUAGAACCCAAAUUGUUCGUUUUAUUCUCAGUAACAGUACAGUACUGUGUGUGUGUCUGCUAGCUGGAACGAAUCAAAAUGAAAGUGAAUCCUUGAAAUGUUGAAUUGUCAGCAAAGCCUUCAGUACAUAACAUUUUCAUAUCUUUGACUUCAUAUACUUGCCUUAACUGGAUUAAGCUAAUUGUUCAGAAUUACUAGAAUUUUAUACAAAAUGCUGUUUUUUUGUGUUUCUUUUAAAUAAAACAUGUGGAUCUCCAGUCAAAAUACCAAAUAAAGUGACUUCAAAACAUAA